AUGGCCACCCCAAUGUUCUUACUUUUGACGCUGAGGGGAGGGCCCAUUGACUUUGCCGUAUGGAUUGAAGACCUGCAGCUGUACUUACUGUGUGAUGCGAUAGAUGAGGUCUCUCUCUUUGACUUUGUCUCUGGAGCUGUCCCUGCCCCGCCUGCUGAUGCUGACUCUGCCGUUCGCUCCAAGUGGGCGACCCGCGAUGCUGCUGCACGUCUUGCUGUGCGUCGCCACCUCCCUUCCUCUGAGCGUGCCCACUUUAGUCAGUGCAAGACCGCUCAGGCCUUGUACGACGCUUGCGGAGGAGGUGGGGUGGCGGGGGGAGUGGGGGUGGCGGUGGAGGUGGUGGCGGGAGUGGAGGUACUAGUGGCGGCGGUGGAGGCGGAGGUGGCGGCGGAGGUGGUAGCGGAGGAGGCGGUGGGAGCGGUGGGAGCGACGGUCCUGGUGGGGGAGGUGGCGGUGGAGACGGGGGUGGCGGUGGAGGCGGGGGUGGUGGUGGAGGAGGGGGUCGGAGUGGCUCGUCCCAGCAGCGGAGCAGCUCUGGGGGUGGUCCAGCGCCAGCGCGUCAGGCAGCAGCAGCAAGCAGCAGCAGCCGCAGCAGCCGCAGCAGCAGCAGCGCUCUCGCACCGUCCCCGGCCCUCAGCAGCUCCGUGA